UGGAAGAUUACAACAAGCAUACAUCAUAUCUAAGGAUAAAGAUGUAAACAAGAAACGGCCUAUAGUACCCUCUUUCUUGAACCCUGCGCGAGAGGCCAUGGGGAUACUGGCUCAGAGUUUGAAUUUCCUUAUAAARAGAGUAAGGRKAAGACACUUCRAUCUCAACGGRGCUAAGCAUCUGCAGGAGAGGAUACGAGGGGCAAAUGAGCUGGCCUAUAAGACGUUUGGCUUGGAUGCCAGAAUUGUCAUAAGGACUUACGACGUCAAAGAAAUGUUCACAAGACUGCCGCAUGAUGAGAUUUUGAAGGCAGUUGAUUGGUUGACGAGUUUUUUCAGAGAUAAAGGGCAUUCGUGGAUUCGGAUCAAGAAAAAAGGAAAAAAGGCAACGUUUGGGAAAUCCCACGGGGAGGCAGGCUGGAAAUCGCUGCGACUAUCGGAUCUAUUGAGACUAACAAAGUUUCAGUUGGGGAACACCGUCUUCUACUCGAUGGCAGAAAUCCUAAGGCAAGACAUUGGCAUUCCGAUGGGAGGGAGAGCUAGCCCACCGCUCGCGAAUGUGUUGUGCAUGUAUGCUGAGCAACAGUUUGUUGGGAGUUUGGGAAAAGAUGCCAGGUAUAUUGAUGGAAAUCGGUUUAUUGAUGACGUUCUGCUAAUUGGCUGGUACAGUGGGAUGGACAGGAAUGGACUUGAGCAUAUUGAGCAGAUCCUGGAUAGGAUCAAGGGGUGCUACCACCAAGAUCUGGUAUUGGAAAGAACAGACCCAGGGAAGGGUAUUGUGGAAUUUUUGGAAACAAGGUUGAUUGUCACUAACACCCCGGCCUGGAUCUAUAGCUUCCAGAAGUUCAAGAAUUUGGCGAAUAUCUGGAAGGGAAGAGAAGGCCACUUCAGAACUUUAAGGAGUUUUGAUUCCUACGCCCCGUUGAUCCAAAAGUCGGAACCGUCUCUCUUUCGGCGGAGAACUGGAAAACGUGUUCCAUGUUCCUUGGUUGUCUUGUUGGGUGAUGACUACCUCGCUUUCAUUCAUCGCGAGGAGCUACAGGCGGACCCCUCGUCAUCUCCUUUGCCUGGCCAAUCGCGACACCUGGUGCAGGCCCGUCCGCCGGUCGCGGAGGAUCCCGUGGAUUUGGAGCCCGAUCAGCACACAGAGGGGGAGGGUGGUCAUGACACACCUUCGUCGGGGGCAGAUUAUAGGGCAGGUUCAACGUUGGAGGAAGGGAGCGACAUUGGUUUUGGAUCGACGUUCAUGGGGAACAUAGCAGCCUGCACUUGCACGGAUGAUGAGAGGCCAUCAGAGAUUGCCGAGCACUUGCGGGGUCCCGUCUUGGCUUCCGCUUGCCCUCUACGACCUCCCUCGGCCUGUGUGGGGCAGCAACAGACAUCCAUUGCUGCUUUUGUCGUGGAUGAGCUCCGAAAAGAGUUUGACCAGGCGAUUGCCUCAUUCGUCUUCGAGAACGCCAUUGCAUUCAACACCGCGAGAUCAGACUCCUAUAAGAACAUGGAGAGGAUCAUGAACGAGGUGGCCAGGUCGCGGAAGAUGUUGAAACUGCCAGGGUACAACUUCUUGAGGACGAAGGCACUGCCUGCGGAGUACAAAACUGUGGAUACUGAUUUGGACAAGAUCCGUGAGCCGUGGGAUGUCAUAUGCCUCACUUUGAUGACGGACAGUACGACAACGACCAGCAACGGGACGGUCAUAAAAUUCAUUGCGGUCAGGGAUUCGGGGGCUGUCAUGGUGAAGAGUGUUGACAUGGAGGGGAAGGACAAGUCGGCUCUGGCUUUGGAGAGGAUGUGGGAGGAGGUCAUCAUGGAGUUGGGGGUGCAUAGGUGGGAGACACCGGAGGACUUGGCUCCCUAUGAUGGUUUCAUGCACGACGGGGAGUACGACCGGGAGGAAGUGAAGAGGAGGGCAGCGAACUGGUCCAAAUCUCGUGGACGGAGAUCGAAGUCGACCAAAUUCGACAUUCGGGAGCUUGAGGAGGAGAGGGAGGACGGUGGGGCAUGGCUCCUUGAUCUUUCUUACCGCCCUCGCCGUCUUGCGGAUCAUGACCAUGGGAAGACUGUUGUUGAUGUUGACGACGAAGAGCCUAGGCAUGACAGCGAGGAUGAUGACGAGUUGGUUCUAGUGGAACUACUUCGCUGCAGAGGACCGCCUCACUCUCGGGAGCACAGCUCACCCGUCAUCGGCGACCCACACUCGAGAGGGGCAAGCACCGCUCGCGGGACCACACCUAGUGGGUCUGCGCACGUCUCCCAUGACAGUGAUGCGAUGGAGGCAGAUGUUGGUGCAAACAUGGACGACCCCAUUGUUGUUGCUCCGGUGGAGGCCGAUGUGGUAAUUGAUGCGCGUGGGGAUGAUCCGGUUGGUGAGCAUGGGGAUGAUCCGGUCGGUGCCACUGCUACGGAUGGUGUUGUUGGUGCAGUUGAUGAUGGUGCUGUUGGUGCAGACACGGGGACCGAAGAUGGUCCCAUUGUGAGCGGCGAUGGGUUCUCCACUCCGGAUUCGGGGUUAGGAUCCGAAUCAGGUGCAGAUGCGGAGGCAUUACUCCUACAACAUGGACGCAAUGAAUUGGAGGAAAAGGCAACACCGAGCUGGCUCAUUUUCUUAAGACAAUUGUAUGCUCCUAUGCCGCUUCUUAUUUGGCUUGCUGUCACUGUGGAACUGGCGAUCAUGAACUGGCCAGAUGCUGCGAUUCUGUUCGCCAUUCAAAUGGCCAAUGCACUCAUAGGCUGGUAUGAGACAACGAAAGCAGGCAACGCUGUUGCAGCACUGAAGGCUUCGUUGAAACCUCGAGCAACCGUGAAGAGAGACGGCAAGGUUAUCGCUAUUGAUGCGGGAUUACUGGUUCCUGGAGAUCUCGUCAUUUUGGCAUCUGGUGGUGCUGUGCCAGCUGACUGUGUGGUAAAUGAGGGAACAAUUGAUGUCGAUACAUCGUCAUUAACAGGAGAGUCCAUGCCUGUGACGUUGUAUGAGGGCCAAGAAGCACAAUGGGGCUCAACUUGUGUGCAGGGGGAAGUAGAGGCAACAGUGAUAGGCACAGGAAAGAACACGUUUUUUGGGAGGACUGCAUCAUUGCUGGGGGGUGCAAAUGAGCUGGGAAACAUUCAGAAGAUCAUCCUGAAGAUAACUGCUGUGCUGGUUCUACAAUCCAGCAUCCUCUGCUUAGCUGCGCUCAUUUAUUUGUUGGUACAUCGGAAACAAGAUUUCGUCGAAUCCCUGCGCUUUGUCGUCGUGCUCAUGGUCGCUUCUGUACCUCUGGCCAUUGAGAUUGUAACAACUUGCACGCUGGCUGUUGGAUCCAGAUCCCUAGCCUCUAUGAAUGCCAUUGUCACAAGACUGGUAGCUAUCGAAGAGAUGGCAGGGAUGAAUGUCCUUUGCAGCGACAAAACAGGCACAUUGACCCUUAACAAGAUGGUUAUUCAGGUGAUUGUGGACAAAACAGUGGUGGUUGUUUUUGCGGUGGUGGUAGUGGUGGUGGUGGUACAGUGGUGGUGGUACAGUGGUGGUGGUACAGUGGUGGUGGUACAGUGGUGGUGGUACAGUGGUGGUGGUGGUGGUACGGUGGUACGGUGGUACGGUGGUGGUGGUGGUGGUGGUGGUGGUGGUGGUGGUGGUGGUGGUGGUUGCAGUGGUGGUGUGGUGAUGGUUGCAGUGGUGGUGGUGGUUGUGGUGGUGGUUGCGGUCAUUGUGGUGGCGGUUGCGGUCAUUGUGGUGGUGGUUGCAGGCAUAGUAGGGGUGGUUGCGGUCAUUGAGGUGGUGGUUGCAGUCAUUGAGGUGGUGGUUGCGGUUGUUGUGGUGGUCGUUGUUGUGGUUGUCGCUGUGGUGGGCGUUAUUGUUGUCGUUGUGGUGGUUCGCAUCCUUGUGGUCGUUCUCGUCCUUGUGGUUGUUCUUGUCAUUAUUGUUGUUCUCGGCAUUGUUGUCGUUCCUCGUCAUUGUUGUCGUUUGUUCUCAUCGUUGUUGUCGGUCUCGUCGUGGUUGUCGGUCUCAUCGUGGUUGUCGGAGGACACCCCUAUUUACAGCAAAGGAGAGACUAGGGCGAGUGUUAUCCAGGCAGCUGCUCUUGCUGCCAAGUGGAUGGAGCCACCAAAGGAUGCUCUCGACACAAUGGUUCUUGGAUCGGUGGAUCUUGCCCACCUUGAUGCGUAUCAACAGAUUGAUUACAUGCCAUUCAAUCCGAAGGUAAAGCGUACAGAAGGGACUCUGAAGAGUCCAGACGGCAAGAUAUUCAAGACCACCAAGGGGGCUCCCCACAUCAUCCUGGAUCUGUGCCAUAACAAGAACGAGAUAGGUCCGGUGGUGAAUGAGAAGGUUACACAGCUUGGUCUACGUGGUAUUCGUUGUCUUGCUGUGGCACAGUCCGAUGAAGCGGACAAGUGGCGACUACUGGGGAUUCUAACGUUCCUUGAUCCUCCUCGACCUGAUACCAAGGAGACCAUUGAGAGAGCACAGAAGUAUGGUGUCGUUGUCAAGAUGAUCACAGCCGAGGCUGCCCGCCUACAGGCUGAAGCAGAGGUAGCAGCUGAAAAGCAGCGGCUUCAGGACGUAGCUGACGCAGAUGCCCAGGUCUGCCGCAAGGAGGCCCAGGAUCUGCUGCAGCGGCAUGAAGCCGCCAGCGUCGACGGGCUCAAGUUCUGGCACUUUGAACCAUCCGAGGGCCACGACGACGCGACACCGGAAGAGCAGCACAAGGAGUUUUUCUCCAAACUCGUGACACGGUUGGUUUACACUUGUAACCACCUGAAGUCCGAACUGACGAACAUCCGACAGGCAGUUCGGAACCACAAGGAUCUGCACGAGGGUGCUACACGGCCACUUCAUGCCCGUGUACAGGACUUGGAGCAAGCGGCACCAAGCCCAGAUGCUGGGGAACCCAGCAAUGCAGCCUCUAAUCGCCAGCUGGAGCAAUGAGUGGACCAUGUAGUUGCAAUGCUAGGAGACAUCAGCACCUUCGCCGCACCAGCCACCGUCAGCGAGCAGCUCAGCACCUUGAAG